AUAAAGGUGUUUAGACAUGGCGGACGAGAUUAUUUUUAUCAUGUUAUGAGUUUUGUUUACUGCCAUAAUUUAAGAUGGAUGACAAUGAAAAAUACAAAUUGCAACUGGAUGACCAGAAAAGGAAUAUCUUUGUCACCCAGCUGAAUGACAGAGAUGAUGAAGACCAUGAUGUAUCAGCAUUUCCAGUUGUCAAGGAGACUGGUGGACAGCUCCUGGAGACAGGCAUCAAUACCUUCCAGAAAACACUCCUCCUCAAAAAGGAAGUGGAAGUAGCUAAGGUGGACGAAGAACUGGAAAAAUGUCGACGCAGAUUCCGACAGAAGAUGGAGGAGCUGCAACAGCGGAAGCUCAAUGUCCAGAAAAAAAGACAGAUGAUGAACAAUAAAGUGGCAAAAUUUGAUAAGUUUAUCAAAGACAAUGAUGCCAAAAGGCGGAGGGCUAUCCAAAAAUAUCAGACAGAAGUGCUUCUUAAGGAGCAGAAACAGAAAGAAUAUGAAGAGUUGUGUGAACAACUGGCCGAGCUGAAAAGGAGAAAAAGUUAUCUGGAGAAGAAAGUCAAUCAGUACAAAAGAUUUGAGGAGUACCUUCUAAAGGUCAUAGAUAUUAUGCCUGAAGAUUACAUUCAAGAUGAUGACAAGAUAAAGGGACUGAUGAUGAGACACAAGACUCUCAGUGAAUCAAACAAAGAUCUUGUAAACAACCUGGUUCACAUGGGGGAUGAAAUUGAAAAUCUGAAGAAAGAGCUGGAUACUAUGAAGACAGAACAUGACAAAAGAAAAGUAUCCAUAAACAGUCAGCUUGCCAAACUCCAGAACCUGCAGGAUAGAGUUCAAGAUUCUAACAAACAGCAUGAACAGCAGUUUGCAUCAAGUAAAGGGGACAUGAGGAAGCGACGGACUGAGCUAGGAGUGAUAUUAAUGGCAAUUGAUAACAUUGCAGAGAAGUGUCUAAAACGUCUAGAUCAUUCACUAGAAGAAAUGACUUUAGAGGAAAAAUUGCAUAAAAUUGGGGCUUACCUUCAGGAACGUGAAGAUGUAGCCAAGAUGGCAGCUCCCUUUGGUGAGACGAGUGCAAGAGGCAGUGCGGAUGUUCACAAGUCAAAAGUCAAAAAGAAAGUCAUGCUUACUGGAUAGAAAAUCAACAAAGAAAAGAUAUUUUGUUUAACAUGUGUCCUGAUUUCUUUGCACUUUAAGUUAAAAAAUUGAACAGUGGAAUUCAAAAUUGAUAGAAAUGAAUUAGGUUAUAGCAUUUUUAUGAUCAUUUACACAGUCAUAGCACCAUGCAGUGGAACUACUAUAGGUAAAAUCUCUAUAUUACCCUUUGCAGGUAUUUUGAUUUUAGGAUACUUUUGUUUAUAAAAAUACAUAUAUUUGUCUGAUUUUUUAUGUGAUGUUUUGCAGUAAUAUUUAAGUGCUAUAUACACAUACAUCAGUAAGUUGUUUGAAAGGAAGUAUAUGACUCCCAAUUUUCUUGUCUUUCCCCUUCAAAUCACAUUUCAUCACCACAGUAGGUAUCAUCACUGUAAAAUGCACAUCAUUUUAAGUUUAUUUUUGAGAACAUUUAUUUAAUGAUAUUCCAGUUUUCCUGGUGAUAAUGUGAUACGCAAAAUGAAGCAAGUUAAGCCCCUUGUCAUGAUUUCUUCCGUGCACGGGCCAGUAUAUGUACAUUAUCCCUCGGCCUUUUUUGAGUCAUGUUUACAAAAGAAAACAUUACCAUCAAAAUAAAAUUUGCACCUCUACCUUGCCAUUUAUAUUGUUUCGUCUGUGAUGUAUAAUUUGUUGCCAAACAAUACCGUGUCCAAUAAUUGUAAAUAAUACAUGUAGCUUUGUGUGGUCAAAUUUCAUUUUCCUAUGUGCAGGUGUCUUUUUUUGAAGUUAAAUAUAAUAAUUUCUGUAUGUUUUGAUAUUUUGGAGUAUUCAAAAUUCAGUGAAUGGUUUUAGGUCAUGGACUAACUGGUACAGUCAUGAAUUAUUGCAGUCCUGUUUAUAUAAUUGAUAUUUAUUUUUACAUCACUAUUGAAGCCAUUGUUUAUUUGUGGGGGGAUGCAAAGGGUAUUAGAAAAAUAUCAAAGCUCAGCGUAAUUUUUACAAGAGUGAUUUAUGUUAAACUGGCCAAUACACGUGUGCUAGCUGAACCAGUACUUGUAUAUGACUGGUUCAUGACACUAGUUAAUUUUGGAAAUGUGUGUGCUUAUAUGAAUUUUAUAUGCCUGGAAAAGUCAAAUGAAAAACAGGCUUUUUUACAAGUUACAUGUAUUAGGAAUUUUACUUUGAUAUAUAUGAACUUUUUUAUAGUGCUGGCAUUUACAUCUUUUUGUAUGACUGAAAUGUAUGACAGGUUUCAUAAUUUGAUAUUAUAUACAUGUUCAUGACAAAUUGGAAUGUAUGAUUCAUGCAUAUUUUACUAAAUUUAACUUCACAUGUCAAGUAAAACCCUGAAUAAAGAAUCAAAUCAA